AUGACAGAUGCUCCGUCUGCAACCAUCACCACCACCACCAACACAACAACAUCCGAUGAAAAAGCUGAUCAAGCCACCACUGCUAGCACUAACAAUACUGCUGAGACUACUACCACAGCCAACGCUCAAACAACUGCAUCGGUUUCUAAUCCCUCUUCUGAAUCAAACGCCAAUACCACUGCACGCUCUGAAGCAGAGCUUACCGCGCGAAAAUAUCUUGCCGAUCGUACACAACAAGUAACCAUUCCUGAUUAUGCUGCUUCUUGGUUUGAUAUGAAAACAAUUCAUAAUAUUGAGCGUGUCUCCUUACCGGAAUUCUUUACGAACAACAACCCAUCCAAAACAGCUACUAUUUAUCAGGACUACCGUGAUUUUAUGAUUCUUACUUACCGUCUUAAUCCAAAAGAAUACCUUACAGUAACAGCUUGUCGAAGAAAUCUUGCAGGCGAUGUGUGUGCCAUUAUGAGAGUACACGCGUUCCUAGAGCAAUGGGGUCUGAUUAACUAUGAGUGCGAUCCUUCUACUUGGCCAUCCGCUGUUGGUCCCCCUUAUACUGGUCAUUUCAGAGUAACAGCAGAUACACCUCGUGGACUCCAACCUUUCAAACCCAAUAUUAAACCGACCGCUUCACAAAAUGCAGCAGCAGCAGCAGCAGCAGCAGCAAAUAAACCAGCAGCUUCAUUAAACGUUGAAUUAAGACAGAAAAUAUACGAUAAUAUUACAGGAAAACAGACAAAACAAUACUUUUGCACAACAUGUGGAGCAGAAUGUUCUCGGGAGCGUUAUCAUAGUUUAAAGACAAAAAACGUAGACCUUUGUCCACUUUGCUACAAAGAAGGCCGUUUCCCUAUCACUAGUUUCAGCAGCGACUUUAUCAAAUACGAUUCCCAGCUUUUCAAUGAAGCUGCUGACACAGAUGAAGAGGGUGCAUUGUCAGCUGGCGAAUGGUCAGAUGAGGAAGUAUUAUUGCUGUUGGAAGCGAUUGAAUUGUAUGAUGACGAUUGGAAUGCUAUUGCGGCUUAUGUAGGAGGAACAAAGACGAGAGAACAAUGUCUCACGUACUUUUUGCAAAUGCCUAUUGAUGAGCCUUACCGCGACACAGAUGAACAUACUCCAUCAAACGCAACUUCUUCAGCUAACGUUCUUUUUGAACAUAAACGUAUACCAUUUUCUCAAGCAGAUAACCCAGUGAUGUCCAUCUUGGCUUUUUUGGCUUCUGCUGUCGAUCCGAAAGUUGCUUCAGCAGCAGCCGAUGCAGCUAUAGCUUGUCAAGAAAAGCUAAACAGCAUUCAUAAAAGGAAAGAGCCGCACAAUGAAGGUGAGGAAAAUGAAGAGGAUAGAAGCAUGGAUAUAGAUUCGGAAAACCAAGCAGCCGAUCAUAAAGCCAAAAAACCUCGUACUGCUAUUGAGAAAGCCGCUGCCGUUGCUUUAGGCUCUGCUGCAGCAAAAGCGAAAUCAUUAUCCACGAUUGAGGAGCACGAAAUGAGACGACUUGUGCAAACUGUGAUAGACACCCAAGUGAGCAAAUUAGAACUCAAGAUGCGCUAUUUUGAUGAAUUAGAGGCUGUCCUGGAUAAUGAAUUAGAGACAAUAGCACAACAACGUAAAGAUGUCUUCCGUUCACGCUUAGCUGUGAAAAAAUCAGAAGCUUUGUUGGAAGAGGAGAUUCAGAAAAGGGGAGGACUCGAAAAGGCUAUUGAAGAUGGCUGGACCGUUCAGCAGUUACAGCAAUUUGUGCAAAAUAUCAUUUAUAAAGAAGAUUACCAUCUAGUCGAUCUAUUUACUCUGGAUGAGUCAACAUUGGCUCAUCCUGCUUCGGCUAUGGAUGAAGGCAACAAACAGGCCGCAUCCGUUCUCUCACUUUAA